UUCGUGCAGUUCAGUGCUAAAGACGUACGUUACAGUUUGGGUGUGUUAUCGAACUUUGUUUAUCGUAUUUAAAUAAACUUUUGGCUGAUAAAUAAACAAGGUAUUUUGGGAAUCUUCUAAAAUGUCGUUCGUCUCGCCAAUGCCGAGCAGAGAAUUCCUGUGGAAUGUUUUCCAAACAGUGGAUAAGGAUCACUCUGGAGCAAUCAGCGCCGAUGAAUUGCAACAGGCACUCUCCAAUGGCACAUGGACACCAUUCAAUCCUGAGACAGUGCGCCUGAUGAUAGGUAUGUUUGACACUGAAAAAAGUGUUCCCAAUGAAACAGGUAUGUUCGACAAGAGCCAAAAUGGAACAGUCAGCUUCGAAGAGUUUGGGGCACUGUGGAAAUACGUGACGGACUGGCAGAAUUGCUUCAGGUCUUUCGACAGUGAUAACAGUGGGAAUAUCGAUCGUAAUGAGUUGAAAACAGCACUCACGAAUUUUGGAUAUCGUUUGUCAGAAGGUCUCAUUGAUAUGCUCAUCAGGAAGUACGAUCGUUUGGGCAGGAGCACUAUUUACUUCGAUGAUUUUAUUCAAUGCUGCAUUGUACUUUAUACACUAACAUCAGCUUUCAGAAAAUUUGAUACCGACCAGGAUGGAGUUAUCACAAUUCACUACGAACAAUUCUUGAGUAUGGUCUUCAGCUUAAAAAUUUAACUGAUAUCUAUUCCAUAAAUUCCAAGAGAAAAGAUAUUCCUCGCAGCGCCAAAUUAUACGAGAGAGAAAACCAUCAAGAUAUUCAAUACAGUUGCGGCUGGUGCGUAAAAUUAUAUGUACCAUGUGACCGAUUCAAUGGUCUCCGUUGUCAACUAUGCUUUUUCUUAUGCACAUUCCCAUUUAUCUCUGAUUUGCUGUCCACGAAAUACAAUAUUUGUCUUGUGAUGAAUGUAUGAAUGGGAAUAUUACACAAAAUGUUUUUCCUCUACGUGAAUUGCCAAAUUUGAUUAAGACUUGCCGAGUAUUAUGUGAAAGAUUUUAUUACAAAAUAAUGUGGUGGAAAAACCAAGAGCAUGCUAUUUUAAAUAAAAAUAUCGUCAGUAAAUCAUGUAAAACGGGAUCUUGGUGUUGAAUGUGACAUUUCAAAAUUCGAAAUACCUCAACAUUGUAAUAACUGUAAUAACCAGAAAGACUAUGUGACGUGGAAAUUCCGGAAUUAUUAGUGGCUUAUGUAUCGAAAUGUUCCUAAUUGUGAGUCAAUUUAUUUAUUCUAAAUGAAUCAAAAUGUGAUAUUUGCGGUUUUCUAAACGUAUGACAUUUUAUGUCAAUUCAGCUACUAUCUGUUUUUCGAUAGUGAACUUCUACUGCAAAAACUAGCAAGAACCCUUUUUGUCGCUGCACUAAAUGAAAAUGACAUGUUCGCAAAUAAGUUUUGGUGGAAUAAGUAAAAUCGCAAGUUGAAAAUUACAACAAAAAAUCUCAUACUUAAUCGGUAGGGUGAACAGGUCAAUUGCUGGACGGUUAAUAAGGGAAAUUGGAGUUUCAUGGUAGGAUCCAAAAUCAAAGAAUCACCUAAAUGGCGAUAUGAUGGCUUCCAUACCUUCAAGAAUGUUUUAAUUAGCCGAAAAAAAUGAU